UUAACAAACUUAAAUAAUUAAGUUGACUUUUUUUUUUACUCUUAUAAUAUUUUGGUAGCGAAUUGAUUGUUAACGUGCGUUUAAAUAAAAGUGAUUGAUUUUUUUGCGGCGUCAAUCGUAAAAAAAAAAAUUAAUAAACAAUCGAGAUUAAGGAGACAGAGGAGGGAGAAUUUAACGUCAUUUAAAAUCUUGCGAGUGUUUCAAAUCGCAGUUAAUAAAGUACUCUUAUGGACUUAACAUAUUUUUUAUUGUUAUAUAUGUAUAAUGUAAUUUGAUAUUUUCUUACUGUUAUUGUUAUUAUAAAUAACCGGUUCGCGUUUGUUUAAUUAAAUGUUUUUUCCAAACAAUAUGUUAGCAAGUAAAAAUAUUUGAGUAUUAAUUUGUUAAUUAUUUAAAUUUUUAAUAUAAUUAGAGGAAAGCCGGUUUUUUAUUGUAACUAAUCGUUGAUUAAGUUAUUAGUAAUUAUUUAUGAUGACGACGAAUGUUAAGAAUAUGGUAAUUGAAGAAAAAAUAAAAAAACCAGGAGGAUUUGGAGCGAGACAUUUGCAAUGUUUAUUAUUAUUUUUGGGGAUAACAAUUGCUUACACCAAUCGAUUGUGUCUGUCAUUAGCUAUUGUUGCUAUGAAAGAUUCAACGAAUAACAACAGAGUGGAUUCAGAGCACGCCGGAAUAGUGUUGAGCUCAUUUUUUUGGGGGUACACAGUAAUGCAAAUACCAUCAGGAUAUUUGGCGAGAGAAUGGAGUGCUAAGCAAGUAUUGGGAUGGGGUUUGUUGAUAAAUGGAUUAUUAAGUUUGCUGGUGCCAUUAGCGAAUGAUCAAGGUGGAUGGGCUGCUACUUGUGCUUGCAGAGUUAUUAUGGGUUUAAGUCAAGCCUGCCUUCUUCCAUGUGUACAUACAUUUUUAUCUAAAUGGGUACCACCCAGUGAAAGAAGCCGAUUGGGUAGUAUUACAUACGCGGGCGCACAAUUUGGCACUGCAAUAUCUUAUCCGAUAUCCGGAGUUUUGAUCCAGUACGCCGGAUGGCGGAGUGUCUUCUACUUCUUCGGUGCAGCUGCAAUUAUUUGGUCUUCUGUAUUUUUCAUCUUCGGUUACGAUUCCCCGAUUCUAUUGACACAAUCACCCAGCAUAGCGUGCUGUCGUUUAAAAAUAAGCAGCGCAGAAAAAAGAUUUAUUGAAGGCGGUCUAGGACAGUCUCAAGAAGAUGUCUCUGAAAAGGCAAAUAUUAAGACACCUUGGAUGAGUAUAUUAACUUCUGUCCCAUUUUGGGCGCUGGCAAUUGCUCAUUGCGGACAAAACUGGGGUUUCUGGAUGCUGCUGACAGAAUUGCCAACUUAUAUGGCAAGCAUACUAAAGUUUAACUUCAAAGAGAACGGCUUGAUAUCAGCGCUGCCGUAUAUUGCGAUGUUACUUCUGACGGUUCCUGUAAGUUGGCUGAGCGACUGGAGUCAGAAGAAGGGACUUUCACGAGGACUGGCUAGAAAAAUAAGCAACAGUGUCGGACACUGGGGUCCUGGACUAGCUCUAUUGGGAUUAGCGUUUGUUCCAGAAGGUCACAAAACUCUAUCAGUGGCUAUUCUUAUUGUCGCAGUAGGCCUCAAUGUCGGAACACUCUGUGGGUUCCAAAUAAAUCACAUUGAUCUAAGUCCUAAUUUCGCUGGAGUUCUCAUGUCAAUUACCAACUGCUUGGCUUCUGUAGUCGCGAUUCUCGCUCCUCUUAUCGUCAGCUUGAUUGUUACAAAUGAAAACGAUGUACUUCAGUGGCAUACAGUAUUUUAUAUAUCAGCGGCGAUAUAUUUUAUUGGUAAUUUGAUAUUUGUGCUAUUUGGCAAAGGUGAAAUACAAGAAUGGGAUGAUCCGAAUCAUGGAAAUAAAAAUGGACAAAUCUAUUCCCAAUAACGUUGAGUAUAUAAGUGGAUAUAUAUUAUAAUAUAUGCAGUUAUUUUAACGAUUUUCAGUUCAAGUGACUGCGAUUAUUUAUUUUUAAUAAAAAUAAUUAUUAUUUAUAGUUUAAUUUACUAUGUAAUUAUUGUUUUUAUUUUAUUA